GGGAUCGCGCGCUCCCAUUCUUGCCCCGCGCUCGGCCCGGGGGGAAAAUGGCGAGCCUGAUUCCCGCGGCGACCUCAUCUCCCGCCGGCGCUCCUUCCCGUAGCAAGAAGCGCCCGGCAAGCCCGGGCACCGGCAGCGGUCCGGCCAAGAAAAAGAAAGUGGCGGCGUCGAGCGGCUCACAGAGUGCAGGUGGAGAGGUCAUGAAUGAAAAUAAAUUUCUGAACACAGACUCCAGCACAGGAUCAGUGGAAACAGCCGUCAAGCCGUUACCAUUUAAAGAUCCAAACUUCAUUCACUCCAGCAUUGGUGGAGCAGCAGCUGGCAAGAAGAACAGAACUUGGAAGAACCUAAAACAAAUUCUUGCUUCUGAAAGGGCAUUGCCAUGGCAACUAAAUGAUCCUAGCUACUUUAAUAUUGACGCUCCUCCAUCCUUUAAGCCUGCAAAGAAAUAUUCAGACAUUUCAGGACUUCCAGCAAAUUACACAGAUCCCCAGAGCAAGCUGAGAUUUAGUACUAUUGAAGAAUUUGCCUAUAUUCGGAUGCUGCCUUCAGAUGUGGUUACAGGAUACCUGGCUCUAAGGAAAGCAACGAGCAUUGUUUCCUGAAAAGACCAAGUAUUACUGUGUGUCACCUCUGAAACGGUGCUAGGUUUGAGAAUUAUGACAGAGACUGCCUGCAGGAUUGAGGUUCCUUCAAACUCUCCAUUGAUAUUUACAUCUGGAAGUUGUUGAUGACACGGAUUUGAAUGAACAUGUGGAUUUAAUUCUGACAAAUACUUACAUUUGUUACUUUUCCAUUUUGUAAGCAAUCUGGUUUGGUGGCCAGGGUAACUUAAGACCUUAAGGACAUGGAUCGGCACCAUAAUGUCCAAGUUAUAUGUAAUUUCUUUAGAGACAGGGUUUCAUUCCCACUCUAUUUAUAAAGUACUGAUCUGGCUCAGAAGAAUAAACAGCCAGUUAAAUAAAGGAAAAAGUUCCAAGACA